AUGGCGCAAGUGGAUUACGUUAAUUACUGCCGCGCGCAAUCUGGCACCCUGCUCCGCGAAACCUCCGCCGUUUCCUCGUCAAAGAAUACAGAAUCUGCUGCGGAAGCGCCUAGGGAUUGCCGCGAGGACGCUAUUAGCGCGGAUGCUGCUGCUAAUUGCGAGCAGCGUGCGGGCGAGGCAGAGAAGGCUGCUCUUGCGCGUCUGGUGGGCGCGGUGGAAGCGGUGGUGGCGGAGGCGGAAGGCGCGGGGCGGAUGUUGACGGAGAGGGGGGAAGCGGGGAGGGGGUAUGCGGGGAAGGGGGAUGCGGGGAGCGGGGACGGGGGAAGGGUGGUGACAGAGCGGGAGGAGCCGGGCAGACGCAGGGGUGCCAGGGGAGGGGGAAAAGCCGGACGGGGAAGCUUGAGGCGCGGGGAAGGUUCGAGCGUGCACAUGAUGGGUGCAGGAGGCGCAGGAGGGUCCGCGGGGGACAGGGGGAAGAACGAGGCGGGGAACAACGAGGCGGAAAAAAAAGAGACUUUCGGCAUUCCUGAUGACGUCAUCGCUCUCUCACUAGAGGCCAUCAGCUGGAGCAUCUCGGCCGUCUAUGCGCUGCUGGUGCCGCAUCAGAGCCGUCGGUGGGCGGCAAGCCUGCAUCACCUGCCGACUAGCGUCGAUGCGGUCAUGCGAAUCAGCAGAGCCAUGCGUCCUCUCCUCGCCGUGCUGCUGCACCUCGUGAACCUCGCGCCUCCCUCACUCGCCGCCACCUUUUGCCAAGCCCAGGCGUCGUCCCUACUGCCCAUCCUCACGUCCCUGCUCUCCGCAGGCCUUCAUCAACACUUCUUCCUCCACCUCCACCAACAAGCACGACUUCUCCACCCGUAUUCAUCCUCCUUGCCUUCCUCAGCUCCCCCUUCUCGCCCCUCCUCAGCCGUCUCUUCCCCCGCUGCCUCCCCCUACAAGCCCCCCCACCUGCGCUCGCACAACGCUCGAGGCCCUCCGCCUGCCCUCUCCCCCUCCUUGUCCUCCCUGCCCCCCAUUCUGCCGCCAGCAGCAGCAACACCAUCAGCUGUGGCGCCAGCAGCAGCAGCAGCAGCAGCAGCAGCAGCAGAUGGAGGGGUGGGUGCACUUGCAUCGCCAUCAGCACUUGCAGCAGGGUUGAAACUCGCAGCAGGUGCAGCUUCUGCUCAUGGCCCCCGUUCCUCACACCUGCAUGGAUACUUUCCGGGCAGCCGGGCGACUGAGCAAAGCAGCUGGGGUUAUUUCCCCUCGGAAAUCAACAAUGCAAGUGGGUCUGGGGCCUCGUCCGCAUCCCUGCUAGCCGCUCUGCUCUCCGACCCGUCCCCCAAGGUGCGAGUGGCAGCAGCACAGACCCUCACUGCCCUGCUCGACUCGCCUCUCACUCUCACCUUCCUGCAUCGCACUGCUGCUUCUGCCCCCACCCCUGCUGCUGCCUCUGCUGGUGGCGCUCGCACCCCCGGCAAGAGGGCACCAGUGCGAGGGUCAGGAGGGGUGGAGAGUGUGAUGAUUGCGUUGGUGGUGGUGCUGGUGCUUCAAGCAGCAUCAGUAGCAGCAGCAGCAGCAGCAGCAGCAGCAGCAGCAGCAGCAGCAGCAGCAGCAGCAGCAGCAGCAGCAGCAGCAGCAGCAGCAGCAGCAGCAGCAGCAGCAGCAGCAGCAGCAGCAGCAGCAGCAGCAGCAGCAGCAGCAGCAGCAGCAGCAGCAGCAGCAGUCGAGCUUCCUUCAUUUCUCUUUCAGCGAUCCUGGCUGAUAGUCUUGUGGAUAUGCACAACGGUGGCCACAUUUGUAUGGGGCACAUGUGUUUUCUCACGUGUAUUUCUCAUCAAUUUCCGGUCCUUCGCCCCUCAUCUACCGAUGGUGUUGACUGUGAUCCAUCUACCGAUGGUGUUGACUGUGAUCCAUCUACCGAUGGUGUUGACUGUGAUCCAUCUACCGAUGGUGUUGACUGUGAUCCAUCUACCGAUGGUGUUGACUGUGAUCCAUCCUCACGUGUCCUUCCAUGUGCUUGUGCCACCCUACCCCCUGCUUGCACCCAUGGCAGCAGUACGACUACAGCAGGAGCACAGUCCACGUGUGUCCACCACUCAUGUGCGUGUGCAACCCCCUUGCCCCCCUGAGUGCAGCUGUGGCGGCAGUGCUACAGCAGGAGCAGGACCCGUGGACGCUGUCCCUCGCCUGCAAGCUGGCGUCCCUGCUGGCGCAAUGCACACCGUACCAUCGCCUCCGCUCCUCCCCUCGUUUGAGUCACAUUCUGCCCUCCGCUUUAGUCACGCGGAUCUCCACUCUCCUCUCGCCAGGCCCCCUCUCCUCCUCCUCCUGGUCCACCAGCAUCUAGCUACUCUGCGUUUCAUUCAUGUGCACCCUCCCUUCCUCCACCCUCCUCCCGACCUCGUGUCACAUGCCACGUGUCUUGGAUUGUUUUUUGAGGCACUUCAGCCAUGCCACGUGUGUCUUGGAUCGUUCGAAUGUGUGUGUGUCUCUGUGCGUGUGCGUAUGUUGGUGUGUGCUUGCCUGCGUGCGAGCGUGCUUGUGUGCGUAUCUGUGCAUGUGCGCAUAUGUGCGCUUGGGUGUGCGUGUCCUUGCAUUCCCACUGCUGUGCGCGUUGAAGCCCUUCAGGCGCUAGCAGCAUGGAUGUCCACAUUCCCUGCAUCUGCAGCCGAGCCCCUCUGGCCGGACCUCUUUGCCCUCGUCACCUCCACAUUGGCUGCUACCACGACGCCUGCCAAGCCCGACCACACUGCCAGCAGUCCAGCAACACACACUGCCAGCAGUCCAGCAACACACACUGCCGCGCAAGAUGAGGUCCAUACCACGCACCAUGACAGCAGCAGCACGCUGCAGGUCGAAUCUGCUCUCACAGAGCGUCUCCAGCCCGCAGCACUCAAGCUGCUGGACCAACUACUCACCACACUCACAGCUUUACCUGCUGCUGUACAUACUGCUUCCUCUGUGAUUGGCAACGACGUCUCUUCAUCCAAUCAGCUGCUGCCACCUGUCCCUCCUCCUGGGGCCUCGCAGUGGGCUGAAAUGCUCCGCCUGGGCCUGCUGCCACCCCUCCUCCGACACCCCUCUCCCCCGGUGCGCCUGGCAGCACUCACAUGCUUCCUGCACAUGCCAGCACCCGUGCUGCAGUACCUCUCCCACAUGCAUGACGUCAUCUUCCAGCCAAUGUUCGCCCUGGCAGCAGGGGAGUCAGUGCCAGCAGUGCAAGCAGCGCUGAUGAAGGUCUUUGGAACCAUUCUGCUGCACCUCAUGCCCGCGCGCCCGAUGACUCCCAGUGACCACCGGCAAGCGUCACUGCAAGAGCCUCCAUCGCCGUCAUCUUGCUCAACCUCCUCAAUGUCUGCAUUGAGCCUCGUCUCCCAUGGCCGCAUGCUGCUGCUUCAAGCCUGCUCCUCUUCUUCCGUCCUUGUCCGUUCUACUGCAAUGUGGUCUCUUGCUAACAUAUCGGAGCGUCUGCCGCCAAUGCACUGUUGCAGCACACACUCUCACAGCAAUCAGUGCAGCAGGGAGGGUUCUGGCACCGCACUGGGCACGCACGUUGGUGGGGAUACGAGUGCAGUGUGGUGGGGCGCAUAUGACGUUGAAGCUCUCGCCAGCGCUGCCGUGAAAGGAGCAGGCGACAAUGAUAAGGUGCAGUGGAGUGUGUGUGCAGCGCUCUCCCUCUUCCUCCAGAACCCCUCCGUGCACCUCCCAUCUUCUCCCUGGACUGCCCCCAUGCUCGCAACACUGCAGGCGCUCUUGCAGCGCUCCGCCAACUUCAAGAUCCGCAUCCAUGCCGCUGCCGCCCUCAUCCAGCCGUGCGCCAGGGCAGACUAUGGCCCGGAAUUUGGUGCCAUCCUGCACGCCCUUGUCUCGUCGCUCGCCUCACUGGAUGCAGCAGAUGAACAGCAGAGUGCAGUGGAGCAGCGGUACAAGCCGGUGCUGAGGGAUCAGGUCACAGCGACACUCCUCCACAUGACCUCGCUUGCUUCACCUCAAGACCUGGGCAUUAUCCGGCCGUUGUUGCAGCAGCAUGCAGAGUGCAUAUCCCACGCUGUGGAAUCCACACGCUCAACAGCACUUCGUUCCUCUGCUCAUUCCGUCCCCUUUACAAGCAUUUCCGAUAAGCCACUGGGUUCAACAGUUCCGCUGGCUGUGCCUUUGGUCGAUCAGCCUGGCAGUCUGUGCACUCAUCUGCAGCAUCCCUCUUGCGGGUCGGCCAGUGCUGCUGGCAGUGAUCAAUGUGAUGCUGCUACUGCUGGCAGUGAUGGUUGUGGUGGUACUGGCCGAAAUUGCGGUACAUUAUUUGCGCACUGUAUCUCAGCAUCAAGAGUAUGUGGCAUGGGUGUAUGCUCCCAUGUGGAACUGACGGCUAUUCAGAUGAAUUGGAUUGAUGAGCCGAUAUGGACAUUGACGACCCUGUUACAAGACAUGAGUGACGAUGGUAAGGGAGUAUAG